UGAACUGCCAAUAUCCUCUAUAGCGACUUUGUAUAAGUGCAACAUUGAAUCUGCAUGCUUCGGGAAAUUACAUGAAAAGGCAUUUCCUUGUUAAAAAAAAUACCGAAUUUUAAUCGUUGAAAUCAUUUAAUCUUGUCUGUCUUUUUUUGGUAAAUUCGGCUGCUGUAUUGGUAACUUUUGUCAGAACUUUUGAAUCCCCAUCUCAACCAACAGAGAAAAGAUAUGAGAGAUUUACGAGCUGUGUUCCCAAAGUUUUAUGGAGAUGGUAAAAGCCUUUUGAGAUCCAAACGUAAUUUGCCAAUUCACAUGCGGACGCGGCUUUACGACCACCGAAAAAAUAAGGAUAUGAAAGAGAAUCCUUCUGCUGUCCAAUUGGAAUUGCCAAUCGUUCCUCCUGCAUCGAGAAUUCCUUAUUGGAAUGUUUUUAAAGGUGACUACGUUCAUGUUCAUAGCGGUCCUCACAAAGGGAAAUGGGGUCGCGUGUUGGAUACUAACAAGUAUACAAAUGGCGUUACCAUCGACGGUGUCAACGUACGAUCCAUCGAGAUUCCUAGCUACCUUUUAAGAAGCCCUCCAGAGGACGGCAAAGACCCUGUUGUGGAUCUUGCUCAUGAAAUUCCCUAUUCGCAAAUCCAGUUGCUCGCGAACGCUACGAAUGCAGACGGAAAACGCGUCUUUGUACCCGUGGAAGCUAUUUCAAAAUCCAACUCUCCAGGGGAUCGAAAAUUAGUUCCUCCCAAUUACGAAGGAAUCGACAACAAAGACGUUCACCUCCCAGUUCCAAAGGAAGAUGAGCCUCAACGGCCUGACGGUGUUAUGGACACAAAGGAGUCUACUGUCGCUAAAGUUACCUGGAGUCCUAGUUUGACCGAACCUCCCAUGCCUCCUUUUGCCGUGGGAGAUUUGCGCGUCAAUUGGUCUCGUCGUCUGGAGCGUGCUUGGGCCUAUAACAAGAAUAAGAAAAGUAUUUUGGAGAUUGCCAAAAAUUUGGUUCGAGCGGAAAAUGCCGCCGAAGCGUUUGUUAAACGAUAUCCCGACCAUGUUACACAGAAAAAGCCUAGUUCAUGAAUUCAUCUUUAAUUUUUUUCUGCAAUCUUUUUCAUGUUCACUAUCUUAAAAGUUCCAUGUAUUGAACUCACUAUACUGUAUUAGAGCUCUACUAGGACUAUAGCUGAGUUUUAUUUUAUCUCUUCUUAAUUUCAUCUCCUUUCCUACUAACUGAAGAAUGUUCCUGAAUAUUGAAUACUGUUAAGAGGAGCAAUGCAAGGUAUAGAAAAAAUUGACAACAGUGAACUCAAUUAUAUGUACUGUAGUAAUAAAAACGAAACUAUCCGUCAUAAAAUAAGAAAAUUCGUAUCAUCGUUUAGCUAGGUCAUCUAAUCU